GCGGCGGGGCCGGACCGAGAGGCGGCGGCCAGCGCGGCGGCGGGGCCGGCCGGCGACGCGGGUCGCGGAGGGUGUGGAGCGGGCGAGUCCUCCAGGGUCACAGUCAGGAGACUCCCUGGGGUCCUGUCCCCAGGCCACAGUGACUGCACAUUCACUGCAGCAGAAGACCCCGGAGGGUAGACUGGCCACCAUGUCCACGUUCAGGCAGGAGGACGUGGAGGAGCACUAUGAGAUGGGCGAGGAGCUGGGCAGCGGCCAGUUUGCCAUCGUGCGGAAGUGCAGGCAGAAGGGCACGGGGAAGGAGUAUGCGGCCAAAUUCAUUAAGAAGCGCCGCCUGUCAUCCAGCCGGCGGGGGGUCAGCCGGGAGGAGAUCGAGCGGGAGGUGAACAUCCUGCGGGAGAUCCGGCACCCCAACAUCAUCACCCUGCACGACAUCUUUGAGAACAAGACGGAUGUGGUGCUCAUCCUGGAGCUGGUGUCAGGCGGGGAGCUCUUCGACUUCCUGGCUGAGAAGGAGUCACUGACGGAGGAUGAGGCCACCCAGUUCCUCAAGCAGAUCCUGGACGGCGUCCACUAUCUGCACUCCAAGCGCAUUGCACACUUCGAUCUCAAGCCAGAAAAUAUCAUGCUCCUGGACAAGAACGUGCCCAGCCCGCGGAUCAAGCUCAUUGACUUUGGCAUUGCCCACAAGAUUGAGGCAGGGAAUGAGUUCAAGAACAUCUUUGGCACCCCAGAGUUUGUGGCUCCUGAAAUUGUCAACUACGAGCCCCUGGGCCUGGAGGCGGACAUGUGGAGCAUCGGUGUGAUCACCUACAUCCUUUUAAGUGGUGCAUCCCCGUUCCUGGGCGAGACCAAGCAGGAGACCCUCACCAACAUCUCGGCUGUGAACUAUGACUUUGACGAGGAGUACUUCAGCAACACCAGCGAGCUGGCCAAGGACUUCAUCCGCCGGCUGCUGGUCAAAGACCCCAAGAGGAGAAUGACCAUCGCCCAGAGCCUGGAACAUUCCUGGAUCAAGGCCAUCCGGAGGCGGAACGUGCGCAGCGAGGACAGUGGACGGAAGCCCGAGCGGAGGCGCCUGAAGACCACGCGCCUCAAGGAGUACACCAUCAAGUCACACUCGAGCAUGCCGCCCAACAACACCUAUGUCAACUUCGAGCGCUUCUCCAAGGUGCUGGAGGAGGUGGCGGCGGCCGAGGAGGGCCUGCGCGAGCUGGAACGCAGCCGGCGACUGUGCCACGAGGAUGUGGAGGCGCUGACCGCCAUCUACGAGGAGAAGGAGGCCUGGUACAGGGAGGAGCAUGAGGGCAUCGGCCAGGACCUCCGGCAGCUGCGCCAGGAGCUGCACAAGACCGAGGCGCUCAAGCGGCAGGCCCAGGAGGAGGCCAAGGGCGCCCUGCUGGGGGCCAGUGGACUCAAGCGCCGCUUCAGCCGCCUGGAGAACCGCUACGAGGCCCUGGCCAAGCAGGUGGCCUCUGAGAUGCGCUUCGUGCAGGACCUGGUGCGGGCCAUGGAGCAAGAGAAGCCACAGGGCGUGGAGUGUGGCCUCCGCUAGGUCUGGGCUGCACGGGGUGGACUGGCAGGUGGGGACCUGGGCUUGGGAACGCCUCCCUGUAGGACUUUGGUUUUCCUAUCACUCUCCUUGUGGCCUCAGUCAAGCCCCUAGGCUGGGGGCUGAGGUGGGAAGAGCCCUAGGCCAGACCCCACAAGUUCCUGGAGCUCUGUCCUGGGUGGGGUCUGGACCUCCCUGCCCCUGAGGCCGCUGUCUGCAUGGUCUCGCCUCCCCCUGGACUCAGCCCCUUUCUCCUGUGACAUCAGCGACAUCUCUGAGGCCUUUCAGGGCAGCAUUGCCUCACACUGUCUGUGAGGGGUCGGUACCACCAGGACAGAACUGGACACAGGACACAGUGGCCUCAUGCCUUGCCAGAUGGUGGGGGUGGCAGCCUUCACACUCAGGGUCUGAGUCAGGAGGCUCUGGGCCCCCAUGCCCGGCCAGGUGUGCAGAGCCUGGGGAGGGUUUGGUGGGGCUAGGAAGCUCCUCCACGGUCACAGUCAGUGGUGAGGUGGCCUCUGUGCCCCAGACAGCCUCAUCUACAACAUUCUUGCACAGCCCUGGGCCGGGCACCUGUGGCACAGCCGAGGAGGUUUCCGUCUGGAGGUGGUAUUGGGAGCUGAUGGCAGAGGCUUGAGUCUCUGUCCCCUCACAUCCUGGGGCAGGCAGGGUGCAGAGAGCAGCUGCUGCCCCACAGGCCUCCCUGGAAGCACCCGUAGCAUGCCGUGGAGUGGUCCCGAUUGGGCAUCCUAACUGCCCGCGUCCCCAACACACCAAAGCCGCGAGCCGCCCCUCUCAGCACACCGCCUGGCCCUGCCCACCAGCUGCCUCCAGGGCAGUUCUCAUACCCUCCUCUUCAGGGCUGGGCCAGCACGCCUGGCAGCAGGCUUCGUGGACGAGCCAUCCCCAGGACGCCCCGCAGGAGGUCAGUGCACCCCAAUGGUCUGGGAGGUGCACAUUUGGCAUCUCUGCUCCAGAGGGCACCUGGCUCUUGGCACACCAGGCUCAGCUGUCCUGUGACAGAGACAUUCCACUCGGCUCUGCUGGUGUCCUCAAGCACCUGGCCAGCAGCCCCUGCUAGGUGGGUGGGCUCUUCUGCGGUUUCCUGGCCCCGGGGGCUGAGCAUGGGGUCCUGGUGGGCAGUACUGCUGGGUGCCGCUAGGUGCCACCCCUUGGCCCAGGGGAGGUCUUGGGACAGGCGGGCGCAGGGAGGACCGGGCAGGCGGGGACAGCCCUCAGCAUUCCCUGGCUGCAGCUGCUGGCCGGAGCUUAGCCUGCCAUGCCGCUGCCAGGUGAGGCGGGACCUUGGGACCUGGCCGUGGGGCCCAGCAGAGGGGUCUCCAGCUGCUGCUGUGCCCAGGCCCUUGGAUGCCCACUGCAAACUCUGUUGUAGCGCAUGCGCGCAUCUAUGCAAUAAUGUGCCUGCUGGAAGCCAAAAGAAAUAAAAUCCAACUUCCCUGA